UGAGACAUGCGCAGAUGCGGGAUGAUGCCAUAUUGGACUUGAGUAUUCAGCGGAGAGACACACUCAUGCACACACCGCUCCUGCUUCAACCAGAACACCGGAUCCCUCAAUUCGGAUAGACGGAAAAAACUCACAUAAGUCAUGGAUUGUGUGGAGGAGGAGGUGGAUUUUAACUGGGAGGAGUAUCUCGAGGACACUGGAGUAACUGCCGCACCCCACACUUCCUUCAGACAUGUGGAGAUCAGUCUUCAAAGCAGCUUUCAGCCUGGAAUGAAGCUUGAAGUAGCCAAUAAGGGCAGUCUGGAAACAUACUGGGUGGCCACCAUCAUAACCACAUGUGGUCAGUUGCUAUUGCUCCGCUACUGUGGUUAUGGCGAAGAUCGCAAGGCUGACUUCUGGUGUGACAUCAUGACAGCCGAACUUCACCCGGUCGGUUGGUGCACUCAGAACAACAAAACACUUCAACCACCUGAAGAUAACGUUUACCUCCGAGCAGCUAUUAAAGAGAAGUAUAAUGAUUGGGCAGAGUUUCUUGUCAAAGAGCUCACAGGUUCACGGACAGCACCAGCCAACCUGCUUGAAGGGCCAUUAAGAGGUAAAAACACAGUGGAUCUGAUCACGGUGGGUAGCAUUUUAGAGUUGCGUGAUGCCUUGGAACCCAGUGUGCACUGGGCUGUUCAGGUCCAGCGUAACGUUGGCGGACGCUUGUGCCUCAGUUAUGUCGGACUGAAUGACUCCGUCUACUACAUCUGGAUGUUCUACCUUGACACCAGACUCCGCCCCCUGGGCUGGGCCAAAGAGAAUAAUCUGUCAAUGGAGCCACCCACAGAUCUAUGUGGAUUAAGAAGCAGAGCAGAAUGGACUGAAGCUUUAGAAGCUGCCACAGCUGAAGCCAUAAAGAGUCCACUUCCACUUGAAGUCUUCAAGGAUCAUCUUGAUUUACACACACACUCCUUCAAGACAGGAAUGAAGCUUGAAAUGGUGUCAACAACAGAACCUUUUCACAUCUGCCCUGUCUCUAUAACUAAAGUUUAUAAUGAAUACUACUUUGAGAUCACAUUGGCUGACCUCACUGCUGAAGCCACACCCCCUUCUGUGGUAUGCCAUGCUGAUUCACCAGGCAUCCUGCCAGUUCAGUGGUGUAUGAAGAAUGGCGUUGUCCUGGAGAGGCCGCAUGGUUUGGAGUCACAAGACUUUGACUGGGCCGACUACCUCAAACACACAGGCACAGAAGCGGCUCCAGAUGUUUGUUUCCCAAAUGCAUUUCACAGCAAAGGCUUUUGUAAGGAAAUGUGGCUUGAAGCUGUGAAUCCACUUCAGCGUUCCGAAAUCUGCGUCGCUCGUAUCACUCAGGUCAAAGGUCGACUUCUUUGGCUAAGACUGGAAGGUCUGACCAAGCCAAUACCAGACUGUAUAGUGGAUGUUGACAGUAUGGACAUCUUUCCUGUGGGCUGGUGUGAAGCUAACAGUUACCCGCUAAUACCUUUAUUAAAGCCAGUCUGUCGACCUCAGAAGAAGAUCGCUGUUGUUCAGCCUGAGAAACAGUUGAAUAGGUUGACCCCCUCACAGCCUCCUGAUGCCCCUCCUAACAUGUGCUCGUCCAUGGACACAGGUUUGGUAAAUGGCAAGUACUGCUGUUCUCAGCUGUUUGUGAAUCAUCGCUGUUUUUCUGGCCCGUAUCUUAAUAAGGGUCGAAUUGCUGAGUUACCACAAGCCGUGGGUCCUGGAAAGUGCGCUGUAGUUCUCAAAGAGAUUCUCACAAUGUUAAUAAACUCGGCGUAUAAGCCUGGCCGUGUGCUCAGAGAACUACAGGUGGUUGAAGAUCCACAAUGGAACUGUCAAGAGGAAACUCUAAAAGCAAAAUAUAAAGGGAAGAGUUAUCGGUCCACCAUGAGGAUCGUUCGCACAAUGGAGCAGGUGGCGGAGUUUUGCCGUCGAGUAUGUGAGAGACUGCAGUGCUGUCCGAACCUCUUCGGCCCAACGCUCGUUUCCGACAAGUGCCCUGAAAACUGCUCAAGUCAAACAAAAACCAAAUACACUUAUUACAAAAAGAGGAAAGUCGGCCGCCCAAGUUUGGGUGAGAUUGCACAAGAUGGUGACAUGACCAAACCAGCACGCCGAAGAAAGAAACGGAAAGCCAUCUUUGUCCAGAAGAAACGCCGCACUUCUAUUGUAGGAUACCAGAACACAGAGUCACCUCAGGAUAGCGAUUAUUACUAUGACGAUGAGGACUUUGAAGAGUCGGGUAGUGAGGAAAGUUCCAAUUCACCACAUGAGGAAACCCCUGCCCACAUGUUCAAAGAGGCCCCAAGAAGAGGAAGACCCCCACGACGUGUUGCUCUUCAGCGCCGGGCGACCCAUCCUGGGCCAGAACCCUCAGAUAAGACUACUUCUCGGAGAACCACGCGCUCGGUUUCCUACAUCCAGAACCAGACAACCAAACACACACAUACAGAGACAGAGUGUGUGAAAGACAAUGAUGAUCGUCUGGUAUUGGAGAGAAACCCUUUGGAAUGGAGUGUAUCUGAUGUGGUUGAUUUUAUCGCAUCUACUGACUGCGCCUCCCUUGCAAAGAUAUUCCAAGAGCAGGACAUUGAUGGACAAGCUUUGCUGCUGCUGACCCUUCCUACAGUUCAAGAAUGUAUGGAUCUUAAGCUCGGACCAGCCAUAAAACUCUGCCAUCAGAUCGAACGAGUCAAAGUGGCCUUCUACUCCCAAUACGCUAACUAAGCUAACCCUGCUAGCCUACCCGAUAGCCUUUGCCUCAACGAACGCAAAGAAACAGAAACCUAUGUAUUGUUCUCAGGGGUUUAAAAUCUUAUUCCAUCCAUUAGGAAACCUCAGGUUGGCUACAAGUGCAUUUUGCAGGAAUUGUUAACCAAGUCAACAAUUUUUUAUGUUAUCUGCCUUUGAUAUACCAUUUAAAACUGGAAAGUGUCGUAUUUAUAGAGGUUUCAAGAGAAAAAUCUUCUAGAACAAAGACAAUAUCUACAGUAGGAAAUGGGAUCAUUUUAAAUAAAAGACAUUUCAAAUGUGAAACACCUCCAACUUUCCCCAUCAGGACCAAAUUAUAUUUCAUGAUAAAUAAUAUGUGAAGUAUUGACCUAAGAAGUAAGCUAAUAUAUUUGCAAUAUUUAUUUUGCUCCUAUAAACUAUUUUUCUAACAUUUAAUUGUAACACCUGAAAAAUCUACUUUGUAGAGAUAAAUUUAGGCAUCAAAUUUAAUAGGUUAAAAGGUAGGAUUUCCUUAUUAUCAGGAUGGAAAAUUUUGAUGUAGGCAUGUUCUGUGAGUGAAUGUAGGCUGCAUUUGUAUAUGUGCACGUGUUUGUGUGCAUGCAUCUGUACACACACGUAUAUAACUCAUUGUACACAUAAAUCAGAUAUAAGUACUGUAUAUGCCUGAUCAUUUUUCUUAUCUGAACACUUGAUUUGUUUCUUUUGGAAAUACAAGGGCAAGUGGAUUAUUCAAAGAGUGGCCUUUUGUAAUGGCCUAAUAUAUAUUUUAUGUAAAUAUAAUCUAUGCAAAAUUGAAUGUUUUAUAUGCUUAUUUUGUUGUUAAUGAUUUUCACAGUGAUAUAUUUUUUACUUCUCUUCUUUAAGACACUUCGCUUAAUCACUUAACUAGUACAACUGCAAGUAAAACACUGUCUACAGUACAAUUA